AUGUUCAGCAUCGUCCUUGAACAAACUGAAUUAAAUGACGCAAUUUAUCCAACCUACCAGAAUAUUGCUUCUGAUGUACAAAAUAGAAUGAGUCAAUUAGAACAGGAAUACGAUGAUCUCUUUACAGCCAUAAUAAAACAUGGAGAGGACUGGCACAGCAAAAUUGACAAACUUGUCCAGAAACUUAUAGAUGAAGUUAAUGAGAGGAAAAACGAACAGAUACAAACUCUACAGAAAAAUCUUAAUGAAAUAAGAGAAAAAAUGUCUACAAUCAGGAAUGAAAUCAAUUUCCUUGUGGAAGCUGUAGAUUCUAAAGAUAUUUCAAAACUCUUUAGUGUUAAAUCCAAUGUAAAAGAAUAUAGACGAAUUCCACCUACAAUCAUGCCACCUUUACCCAGAUUCAAGACAAAAAGAAUUGACGAAAGAGAACUUUGUACAUUGUUUGGUGCUCUAUCAACUUCGGAUGAAAAUGGAAGCAAUUUGAAGAUAGAAAAAGGAUCAUCAGAAGCUGGAUCUUCUCCUCCAGUCAAACAACUGCUUGAUGAACCUAAUAUUAUCACAACCAUAGACACUGGGUAUGAAGAUACCCUUUAUAAUGUGGCGUGUCGAAGUGAUGAAGAAAUCUGGACAAAAGGUUUUGGCAACAUCGUGAAACUCUUCAACAUCAAUGAGGGAUCACUAUUCAGGUCAAUCAAAACCACGUCAGGGAACAUACCACCUCACGUGGCAGUAACAAAAGGUGGAGAUCUAGUUUAUACUGAUGACAUUGAUAGAACUGUGAACAUUGUUAAUAAUGGGAAGAUAGAAAAGUUGAUCAGUUUACAGAACUGUGUACCUCGCCAUGUCUGUUGCAAUUCAUCUGGUGACCUCCUAGUUGUCCUUACUAAUGAAAGAAUCAGAAUCGAAGUUGUCCGUUACAAUGGUUUCAUUGAAAAACAAAGGAUUCAGUUCGAUUAUAAAGGCAUACCUCUCUUUCCCCCUCUUACUACUAAUACAUGA